UUUAGUUUAUUUUUAUUUGAUAACAAUGUGAACGGAACAAGUUGUUAAAUUUUAAUUGAAGAAUUCCUGUGUCGUCUGUCGAUUGAAUCAUGAUAGUUGUGCGUUAUUAUUCAUUUCGUUUUAUUUGAUACAUUUUAUACUGUAUUUUGAUUCACGUUCACGAUGAGUUCCGGAUUUGUCACCGAAACAGAAUUAGCAGAACGGCGCAAAGUCCGGCAAGAAGAAUGGGAAAAAGUUAGAACCGCUGAACAGCCUCUAGAGGCUCCCGAGGAGCAGUAUGACCAUCGUUCGCUGUUCGAUAGGCUCGAAGAACAGCGUAGGAAAAAAGAAUACGAAUAUGAAGAAACUCAUAAACUCAAGAAUAUGAUACGCGGUUUAGACGACGAUGAAGUUGAUUUUCUCGAGUUGGUGGAUCGUACUAAAAUGGCCGAAGAACGACGACAAUUGAUGGAAGAAGCAAGGCAGAUUGAGGAAUUUCGCUCAAAGGUAUCGACUCUUCAGUGUGAAUCGUCCGUUUCGCCUCUUGUAGCUAUUGUUCCCAAACCGUCGACUACUUCGGGAAGCGUGGCGAAAAAAACACAGAGUAAACUAUUGGCCGGUGCUAUUGUGAAAAAAAGAUCUUCGGAGGAAAGUACGAGUUCUCCUAAAAAACAAAUGAUUAAUCGCGAGUCAAUCAAACUCAAUAUUAAACCAAACAAUAAACCAACAGGUGAAACCAAGUCUAGUCUUUUACCGGGUCUUGCAUAUUCAGACAGUUCAGACAGUGAUGAUAGUUCCUCUUCUAAUUUAAGCAUACACAAAAAUCAAAAGUGUUAGUAAUUAGUUAUGUGGAUAUUAUUAUUGUUAUUUAUUACGUUGUAAUGUAUGAUAAUAACACAAACUAUAAAAAAAUAUAUUUUGUCAAAUAAUAUUCCAACAAUUCUUUUUAGUAAAUAUUUAUUUAUAAGCUUAUAUUUUUUAUUAAGAUAA